AUGGUAAUGGCUAUGCUGGUUCCUCCAGCAUACUUCCUCCAGCUGUAUGCCCACGCUCGCCGGGGCCUUCCGCCGGGGCCCCGCCCACUGCCGUUAAUCGUCAGCUUCCACCUCCUCGGUGACCAGCCACACCGCUCCCUCGCCAGCCUCGCCAAAUCCCAUGGCCCGCUCAUGUCGCUCCGUCUGGGGGCGGUCACUACGGUGGUGAUCUCCUCACCGGAAGUUGCGCGCGAGUUCCUGCAGAGGCAGGACGCUGUCUUCGCCAAUCGGUUUGUGCCCCAUGCCGUCGGCGACCACGCGAAGAACUCCGUGCCCUGGUUGCCGCACUCCGGACGCUGGCGCGCCCUCAGAAAAAUGAUGGCAGCUGAGCUGUUCGCGCCGCACCGCCUUGACGCGCUCCAGCACCUACGGCUCCAGAAGGUGGAGGAACUCGUGGGCCACGUCCGGAUGCUGGCACUGCAGGGAAGCGCGGUGGACGUCGGCCGCGUGGCGUUCGCCACGUCUCUGAAUCUUCCCUCGCGCACAAUAUUCUCCUGCAACCUGACGAACCUCGACGACCACACCGGGUCGAAAGGAUUCCAAGAGGUGGUGGCGGAGAUCAUGGAGGUUGCCGCGAGUCCCAAUGUGUCGGAUUUGUUCCCAGCGCUGGCUUGGGCCGAUCUGCAAGGAUUGCGCCGGAGAUUGGCGAAGUUGUUUGCACGGCUGCACCAGGAGUUCGAUGUGGAGAUCGACCGGAGGUUGUGCGAGCGUGAUGCCGGCGAUCCCCGGAAGAAUGACUUCCUCGACCUGUUGCUUGACACCACGACCUCCACAGCUUUGGGCCGCGACACGGUCCUGUCAUUAUUCACGCAUUACACAGUCAAUGUUUUAAAUGGUUACAUGGACUUAGAUGUAGAAUUUGAGGAACCACGGUAUAAGCUGCAAUCCUUGCAGCCGAACAGGGAAAAUUGUUGA